AUGAAGCUACUGUUUGCGGUUAUUCUCUUAUCCUUGAAUGGUUUCGCCGAUGCCGAUGAUCCAACUGUAGAUGUAACUGUGACGACACCAAGCGGAGCAGCCACUAUCAGAGGAUACAAGCAUCCAUACGGUACUUCAUUCCGUGGAAUCCGUUAUGCUCAACCUCCACUUGGAAAUCUCCGAUUCGCCGAAGCUCAACGCUUGGAUCCCGCCGGUCUUGUCUCAGCACUAGGAUAUGGUAGAAUUUGUACACAAGGAAACGGACAAACUUCCGGUGAAGAUUGUCUCUACAUCAAUGUGUUCACCCCAAAUAAUGUGACGGCAACUUCAAAACUUCCGGUAUACGUUUACAUUCAUGGUGGUGGUUUUGUCGAAGGUGGAGGAAACAUGGGAGCUGGAAUCUACCCAAAUCUUGUUAAUAAGGGACCAAUCGUUUUGGUGUCGAUGAACUAUCGACUGGGACCAUUUGGCUUUUUCUCAACGCGCGACGCAAUGGCUCCUGGAAAUUGGGCAAUUUCUGAUUGGAUUGAAGGACUUAAUUGGGUUCAAAGAUACAUUUCCUUCUUUGGUGGUGAUCCGACUAGAGUGACAAUCGGAGGACAAAGUUCUGGAGCAGAAGCAGUUUCAACUCUGACACUAACCCCUCUUGCUAAAUCAUUAUUCAAGCAAUCAAUUCAUGAGUCUGGAAGCGCAUUUGGUGCAGCUGUCAUGUCGUAUUCAGAGAAAACCAGAUCCACCAGCAAACAGCUGUCUGUGAAAUUAGGAUGUGCCACUGCUGAUCAAUGGGAGAGCGGACAAUCGUUUGGGCCCAUCCUCAACUGUCUUCGUGGCGUCACACAGGACAAGAUCGUCACUGCCGAUAAUUCUCUGCCAGGACAUCGGAUGAAAUGGUCGAUUGUCCAGGACAAAAAGUACUUAACCCAACGUCUAGAGUACCUUGCUCUUCAGCGCGAUGCUACGAAAAACGUCUUGAUUGGAGAUGUACAUGACGAAUGGCUUGGUUCAGAAAUGAACAACAUCCUUCACAAUUUGAAUAGCACUCAUAAUACGGGAACACAGAUCAAGUAUGAUUUGAAGGAUUGCUAUGAAAUGACAUACUGGGAUAAUCCGCAGUCGGUGUUGGUAGCUGCUGAUAACAAAUAUGUCAAUACUAUGGGAUGGGCUGACAAUGAUCAUAGAGAUUGGGAAGCAAGAAGGAUUCAGCUUUGGAGUGAAAUGGUGUUCAUUGGUCCAACAUUGCGAGAUGCUGCAUACUUCCAAUAUAUGAAGAACAAUGUGUAUUUGUAUUCAUUGGAUUGGUUGAGCCCAGCAGCUCUCCCACAAGUUACCGAUCCCCUUUUCCGUGGUUGUGAACACACCUGGGAGCUUCAAUACAUCUUCUCAACCUCAUGCAACGGAUUCACCUGCACCCCUCAAGAUGAACUUUUGAGAGACUAUUUCACAACUACUUGGCUCAACUUUAUUAUCAAAGGAAACCCAACACCUGCUGGCAGCUCUCUUCCAUUCAAAUGGCUCGCAAUGGACAAAUCCAACAGAUUCCUUUCGUUUUCGCCGAAUCCGAAAAUGCAACCUAGCUAUCAUCCGGAUUCCAUGUUCUGGGUUUGCACUGCUCCCACCAUUGACGGAUACAAAGGUCCAUUCUGUUAA